AUGGCAUCAUCAAACACGCUCCGCAUCAUCCUCUGUGGAAAAUCGACCCAGCUCGCAUUAACAGUCAAAGCUGGUCUCCUCCCCGAAUACGAAGUCAUCCACAUCAUCCUCUCCCCCGAGGCCGGCGCAUCCGAGAUCCCUCCCCUCCUCGCCGGCCACGGGUUACCGCGACCUGCACGUGAUCAUGAUCCCCAACAGGAGCCCUCGAAUCUCGGGUCGGCGCCAGCUCCGAUCAGUGCGGUGGUGCUGGGCGGCGGCUACGGCGACGACGAGAGCGUGAGGAGGCUGCGGGCGGCGUGCGCGGGUGAGAGGGGCGUUCCGUGGCUGCGCCCGGACGUGAGCGUGCCGACGCCGCCGCCGGGGCUGAAAUACGGGGCGCAUGUCGUUGGGAGGGUGAAGGCUUGUUUGAGGGAGUUGGAGGAGGAGGGGAGGGCGGUGGGGGAUGGGGUAUAUUUUUACUGA